CUUAUUUACGGGUCUACACGGGACAAUUAAGCAAAGUUCGAGCACGCUGAUGAUAUGGAAGAGAUCACUACUGCUUAUGCUGGAGAUAUCUGUACAACUUUUGGACUUGACUGCCAGAGAAACGUUCUCAACUGAUCAGAAUCUUGCUCCGCAUUGUGAGCCAAUACACAUUCCGGAGCCAGCCAUUUCUGUGGCACUCAAAUCUGUUAACCGGAAAGAUGCUGACAAUUUUAUCAAGGCAUUGACGCGAUUCACAAAGGAAGAACCAACAUUCCGAAUUAAAUUAAAGGUGCAAAUGUAAAUAAAUAUAUAGAUUAUGCCGAA